GUUCUCAGCAUAGUCACGGAUCAACCCGCAAUGUCUGAAAAGGCUCAAAAUGAGGCAGACACCAAGGACUUGGAUAUCUUCUCUCAUCCCCACUCAGCAUCCCCACACUACAGGCCAGGCCAUAGUGAGUUCCAUAAUCAUGGGGUAUCCCACCACCAUGAUGAGCCCUACCAUCGCAAGUUCCAAGACUUCCAUGACAAUGCCAUCCCCCACCAUUCUCACCAAUCCCAUCACAACAGUGUGGCCUACCAUGGCAGAAACAACCAUACUUCAUCCUCUGGUCUGGCUUCCUCCCAAGGCAAUGUCUUUUCUCACCAUUCAUAUGAUGAGGGACACUUUGAAGAUGAGCACCACCAAGGUAACAGGAUGCAUCUUGGUGGGACCCAACACUCUGGGAGACCCCACCACCAUGGGCAAGCCCAGCACCAUAUUGAACCUUCACAUCAUGGGAAGGUCCAUCAGCCUACUGAGCCCUUCCACCAAGGUGUGCCUCACCACCAUGGAAGGCCUCAGCACAACAGAGAGCAUCCCCACCAUGGUGGGUAUCAACACACUGAUCAUUAUCACCGUGCUGGGUCAUACAACCCCUCUGAGGAUAUUCACCAUGAUGGGCUCCACCAUGACUACUUCCAUCAUCAGGACUCUCACCACCAAGGAAGGCCUAUUCAUCACAGAGAUGCUUCCCCUGAUUCCUCUCUGGGGUCCUACCACCCUAGCAGACCUCAUCAUUAUGACAUCCACAACCACAGAAGGCCUGUUCAUCAUGGAGAUAGCAUCUCCCAUUAUCCCUCUGGUACAACUCGCUACCAAGGCGAGUAUCUUCAUGGUGAGCAACACCACCACAAGCACCACCAUGGCCAACACCACCAUGGUCCUGGUGGUGGUCACCAUAGUAUGCGUCAUCAAGAUUAUUUCCAUGGUGAUCCUCACCACAGGGAGUACCAUUGGUACACCUCCCAGGAAUUCAUCCCAUAUAGAUCUCCAAGCAUGACUCACUACCUUGGCCCUGCUGUUUCCCAUAUAGCACCCUUCCAAUCUCACAUAGCUCACAGCAAGAUUUCAGUUUACAGUGCGACUCCAUCCCACAUUGCAAGUCACUCACAUGACUCUCAAAGCACCAUCAAAGUCCAUCCCCAACAAAUGAGUUCCAAAGGCUCAAGGAUCUGGGAUGAAGAUGAGCAACUGCAGAAGCGCAAAACAGGUCGAGCACAGAGGACCCACAAGAAGCUGCACUCUUUGAACUUCUUUGAAUGGCUAUGGGAAAAAUUAACCAUCCUCUUUCGGGGCCUCCGGAUCAUGCUCCGGAAGCUGAUCCAGUCCCUGGCCUUUGAAGCCUUCAUCUUCUUCAUCAUCUGCCUCAACACCAUCAUGCUCGUGGCCCAGACCUUCGCAGAAGUGGAGGUCCGGGGAGAGUGGUACUUCAUGGCCCUGGACUCCAUCUUCUUCUGCAUCUACGCAGUGGAAGCCGUGCUCAAGAUCAUCGCCCUAGGCCUCGGGUACUUUUAUGAUGCCUGGAACAAUCUGGACUUCUUCAUCAUGAUUAUGGCUCUCGUGGACUUCGUGCUCAUGCAGAUGAAUUCCUUCUCCUUCUCCUUCUACAACCAAAGCCUCUUCCGCAUCCUUAAGGUCUUCAAGAGCCUGCGGGCCCUGAGGGCCAUCCGGGUCUUGCGAAGGCUCAGAAUCCUGACCAGCCUGCAAGAAGUGACAGGAACCUUGGCCCGGACCUUGCCAUCUAUCACAGCCAUCCUCAUCCUCAUGUUUACCUGUCUUUUCCUCUUCUCCGUGGUCCUCCGAGCACUCUUCCGCAGAUCUGACCCCAAGCGCUUCCAGAAUAUCUUCACCACUAUCUUCACCCUCUUCACCUUGCUCACCCUGGAUGACUGGUCCCUCAUCUACAUGGACAGCCGGGCCCAGGGGGCCUGGUACAUCAUUCCCAUCCUCAUGAUUUACAUCAUCAUCCAGUACUUCAUCUUCCUCAACCUGGUGAUUGCUGUCCUGGUGGACAACUUCCAGAUGGCACUGCUCAAAGGCCUGGAGAAAGUGAAGCAGGAGAGGGCUGCCCGAAUCAACGAGAAGCUGCUGGAGGACUCGCUGACC